UCUGACGUUUACGCAAUUCUAUGGUACGGGACAAUCCAAAAAUGGCGAGAUCUCCGUUGGUAUCUCAACAUGUCUAACGUCAUUAACAGAAUUCGCCUGGUUUGUUUUCGUUGUGAAUAGUGUUUUAUGAAAGUUUGUUUUCGUGUUGCAACUUGUUUCUGUCUUCGCACCGAGAUCGUGCGUGUCCUAAAAUAUACCCUCUCUCUUUUCCCGUCCGUUUUUCAGGCGAACUUCCUCCCCGUGCUCGUACGAUCGUGUUCGCCACCAAGCCGCUUACCCCCACUCCCCACCAACCAGUCCUAACCUGCAUACCGCCGACGAACGACAAGCGCCUACCGGUACCUAUGAGCGAGCCUGCGUCGUAGGAUGGAUGAGGUGGACAACCCGAAGGAGAAGGUGAUACGAGCGCCGAGCCUGAAGAGGGGCAAGCCGGAGGAGAGGAUUACUGACAGGGUCGUCAAGCAAAAACGGAUCGUGUCCACUGUGACACUGAAGAGGCCUUAUAGCAGGAGUUGUUCGUUGCAAAAAAUCCUGAAGAACAGACAGGAACCGUCGUUCGCUAAGGUUUCCGCUGGUAAGAGAUCUCUGUCCGUUGGAUCGGUCAAGAAAACGGAAGACGAUAGACCGGAGAAGAAAGAAGCGAAACGCCUGAGUUCCUCUCAGAGGAGACCGGUUAAAUUAGAAAAAGUACUCGGGGUCACAGUCAACAGUAACGUAGCUCUUGAUUCGAACAACAAUGGCUCAGUGGCGUAUCCAGCAGGGUGCACGGUGGUGCUGUUCAACACCAGGACGGAGCAGCAGAACCACAUCAUCAACACCAGCAGGAAGACGGUAACCUCCCUGGCUUACUCGCAAUGCGGCAGGUACAUGGUGACGGGGGAGUGCGGCCAUCUGCCCUCCGUGAGGGUGUGGGACCUCUAUUCCAACGGCCAGUCGGGCAAUCCAGGUCUGGCCCCCCAGCCCCAGCAGGUGGCUGAGUUCAUGGGACACCGUUACGGCGUCAACUGCGUGACAUUCUCGCCGAACGGAAAAUACGUUGUGAGCGUGGGCAGCCAACACGAUAUGAUAGUGAACGUCUGGGAGUGGAGGAAUAACAUCAAAGUGGCCAGCAACAAGAUCAGCACCAAAAUAAAGGCGAUAGCGUUCGCCGAGAACGGCAGUUACUUCGUGACAGUUGGCAACAGAAACGUCAAAUUCUGGUAUAUGGAACAUGGAAAGUCUAGGUACAAGGAGGCCGUGCCGCUCAUGGGUCGACUGGCCAUCCUCGGGGAGCAGCGCAAUCACUAUUUCUGCGACGUGGCAUGCGGAAAGGGCGAUUGCGGCGACAGCACCUACGCCAUCACGCGUUCGGGGCUCCUGUGCGAGUUCAACAACCGCAGGCUGCUCGACAAGUGGGUCGAGCUGAGGACGAACAGCGCCAACUGCAUAGUCGUCGGUCUGAACUACAUAUUCGUGGGUUGCGCUGAGGGCAUCAUACGAUGCUUCAACCCCGGCACGCUGGAGUUCAUCACCACGCUGCCUAGGCCGCACUAUCUGGGCGUGGACGUCAGCAUGGGCGUAAACAUAACACACAUGGGAACGGCGCCUCCGGACGCCAAGUAUCCAGACUGCGUGGCCAUAACUUACGACGAGAACAACAACAAGUUGACGGCCGUCUAUAACGACCACUCGAUCUACGUUUGGCACGUUCUGAACAUCAAGAGGGUGGGCAAAUCGUACUCCUUCCUCUACCAUUCAGCGUGCAUAUGGGGCGUGGAGAUGGCGCCACCCAACAGUCCCCUGCCGCAUGGCAGUUUCCUCACCUGCAGUUCCGACGACACGAUCAGGGUCUGGACACUGGACAAGAUGACCGAGAACAAUUCGAGGGGCAUCUACAGGAAGAACAUAUACAGCAACGAGCUGCUCAAGGUGGUGUACGUGGACAGGGAGCUCGCGUACCUGAAGGACCUUGACGUGUCGCGGUCGAACGGCAACGACAAGGUCCAGCAGGACAGCUACAACGACGGCAGGAACGGCGUCCGGUGCAUACGCAUGAGCCCGGACGGCAGGAACGUGGCGUCGGGAGACAGAUCCGGGAACAUCCGGAUACUGGACGCCUCCAACAUGGAGCAGAUGUACAAGAUCGAGGCGCACGACGCCGAGGUGUUGUGCCUCGAGUAUUGCGGCAACGAGAACGAGGUCAGUUUCAUGGCGAGCGCCAGCAGGGAUCGGCUGUUGCACGUCUUCGACGCCAAGAACUACACGUUCCUUCAGACCCUGGACGAUCACUCGUCGUCCAUAACGUCGGUCAGGUUCAUGACGCAGAACAAGAAUCUCCAGAUGGUGUCGUGCAGCGCCGACAAGAGCAUCAUCUUCAGGGCGUUGAGCGAGGUAAACGGCAAGACGCAGUUCUCAAGGUACCACAACGCCGCCGGUAAGUCGACCCUCUACGACAUGGAAGUCGACGCCAACCAGAAGCACGUGCUGACCGCCUGUCAGGACAGGAACGUCAGGGUGUACAGCGUGAAUUCCGGCAAGAACACCAAGUGUUUUAAGGGAAGCGGCGGCGACGAUGGGACCUUGAUAAAGGUAUCUCUAGACCGUAGCGGCAUCUACGUGGCGACCUCCUGCACCGACAAAUCGCUGUCCAUCUACGACUACUAUUCCGGCGAGUGCAUGGCGACGAUGUGCGGCCAUUCGGAGUUGGCCGCCGGCCUCAGGUUCACCAACGACUGCAGGCGACUCGUGUCGGCCAGCGGAGACGGGUGCAUCUUCGUGUGGAAGAUACCGCACGACAUGGUGGUGACGAUGCACGCCAGGCUCAGCCAGCAGGCCAUGCGACAGGGCAAGGCUGUGGACGAGUUCUGCGAGGACUACGAGUUCAACGAGAACGCGACGCAGGACUUCAACUAUAGGUUCAGCGUGGGCAACCUGCCGCAGUGGGCCAAGAAGCACGUGACCGGAGAUUCUAGUCAGCCGCCUUCGAUCACCAAGAACGUGGCGCAACCGAGGGGCAAGUGGGCGCAGAGGGCCGAGAACGUGCUUCAGUCGGACACCUUCGUGCCCAGCGUGCCGCAUCUGUUGACCACCGCCAACGACAAGAGGUUCGACUCGGACGGUUCCAAGGACAGUUCGCUGGAGAGCACGAACGAGACGAGGAAGGAGCUGAGCGCGGCCUUCAAAGAGAUUUCUAGCAGUAGGAUAACGUUGACCCGUCCGGAGAGCAGGAGGAGGGGGGACACGAUGAGCGACACUGGAUUCGAAUCAGCCGCCCAUGACGCCGACAUAGACUCUGACCACGAGUACAAGAACCUCUACUACCCUGCUCAAGCGGACUCGCCUAGCGGCAGUGAGUUCACGGUUACCAACAUAGACGCCGACGAACUGCGAAAGUCCCAACGGAAGAAGAAGGAGAGCAAGGUACCGCUCAGCGUCAAGCUGCCACAGCCGAAUUUCGACAGCAACGAAUCUGACGACGAUGACGACGACGCGUCGACUCCAAGCGGCGACAACACGGACAGGAACCCGAUGUCGCUGUUCUCGGUCAGUUCGGAAUCGUUGGAUCAGCUGGCCAGCAGGGAGAAGUUCUUCCAGACCACGUUCGAGAGCAUGAGCGGCGCCGAGAGCGAGCUGACUCCCAUAGGAAAGACCUCGAUAUCGUCCAAGUUCCUGACCAGGAGCGGCGACAGGAACAGCGACGCCAUUAACGCCGUCAAGCAGACCAAGUCCGACCCGGAGACGCUGAAGGUGAGGCAGGAGCUGAACAAGAGGAUCGCCGAAACCAAGAAGAAGUUGGAGAGUGUGGGUCAUUCGACCCCGCUGAGGUACAGCCAGUCGAUCCACGACCUAUCCCACAUACCGGAGAGGGACAAGUGGCAGACGCGGAAACAGCAAGCGAAUUAUUUAGAUGAAAGCAGUCCGGACAGCAGUUUGCGGAGAUCGUGUAGUCUCAGCGAUCUAAGUAUGCAAAAAGCUUCGCCGAGCAAACGAAAAAACGAACCUAUAUCGGGAAAGAAGGCCCCACAGAAUCACGUGUCCAGGAAUAACACGAGGUACGUGAAAAACAACGCGAUCACGAGGAGUAGGUCGAGCGGCGGGGGUCUGAACCAGUCGGAUUCGGACAACGACUCCCACGACAAGAAGGUGUCCAGGCUGAUGAGGCCGACGAUAAGUUCGCACAACAAGAUCAACAACAAGAAUUUGCAAAACAGGAAAAAACAGUCUUAUUCCACCAACAAUCUCAACACCGUGGGCGUGGACAACAUUUCAACGUCCGACGAGGAAUUGGAGCCAGUUAUAAAGCCAAUAGUACCGCCGAGAAAUAGGCAAGGGGCCUUUGAAAACGGGCAUCCUUCUGUUGUUCCCAGACGACUCCUCAACAAUAAAGAUAAGAUGCGGGCCAAUAGACAUACAAUUCACUUCGAAAGGUUGCCAACUUUGGAAGCGAGUUUUACUGGCGACGAUCUGAAUAUGACGUCGGAAAAUGCAGAUUUGACAUUGGUGGAGUUGUCCAACAGCAAGAGCGAGGAGGUGAUAUCCCAGCUGACGGUCGCGGCCAACAACGUGGUGGAGUUGUACAACAGGUUGAACGACUCGGAGGUCGGCGACGAGUCUUCGGGCGAGGGCGCGGACAGGGAGGACGUGCUGCGCAAGCUGGAACUGUCGAUAGUGCGCACGCACAAGGUGCUGCACGACUGCAUAUUCAGGAAGCUGAAACAGAACAACGACAACAUCGACGUGAACCAGACCGACACCGUCAAAAAACUGAACGAUCUGGUGACGAAAAGUUCCAACAGUGACAGCUCGAUCGUGACGAUGAUGGAACAGUACUCGGACAUUCUUCUGGACAUGGUCCAACAGAAGAUCCACAAUUCGAACAUGUGAUCGCGGUCGUUGUUUUACCGCCAAUUUUUUUACUGUGAUUUUUCGACUAAUUGUCUCUCCCCACCCCCACCCCCUAGUGUGUGUUAAGUUUUAAGCGAAUCUCUCUCUCUCUCUCUUUCCCUGUCUAUAGCGAGUAAGGCGGUUCGAACGCGUUUUUUUUUUUUAGUGUUGAAUGUUUGUCGGAGGCGUGUUAUGGUUUGCGUUGGAGAUUCGUGCCAUAUUCGUAUGUAUGUUAUGAGUUAUCUUCGUUGUGGUCAUGCAGACGUGCAAUCUGUCAAAUGUCGGUUUUAUUAACGCAAUCGCACUGUUCGAGGUCGACUGUCCCCCCAACACACAUCUAAACGAUUCCCCCAAAUGAAGAAAGAGGUAUACAGAAUUUCAAUGCACACGUUAGAGCCCAAGUUUGGGACCUAACUGUAUUUUAUUCGCAAAUAAAGUGGCAAUAAAAAAAGUUUGCAACCAAUUAAAAACAUUUUGGUUUGAAAAAUAUCUUGAAUUCGCCUAAAAAUACUAUAGUAGAUAAAAAUAUUAUAACAUACAAUUUUUGAGGAACUUUGAAUCGUACUAACUCUCUAUUAAAGCCUUUAGUAUAGAUUGAAGAUAGCCUGAAGAGAAUUAAAUAUUUUGAAAGUGCUUCCAACGCAAUAUUUUUAGAAAAGUUGAUAUAAUUUUUGCAUAUCGUUAGUUUUACGCUUCUUUAUGCCUCUUUUUUCAUCCAAACAAUUUCUUUACAAUUGUUGCUAAAAUUGAAUGAAAAUUAAGUGUAAAAGUUUUCCACUUGAAGCUAACAAUACUUGAUGUUGAAAAGAUGGUUCCGAAGAAAUGCCAUUUACGAAUCUUCAACGUUAUGAUAGUUUUUUGGUGCAAGUCAUCGAGAAUUGAUUGUUGUUGUUUUCUUUUCAUUUUCUUCAUCGUUUCCACUUUUGAGGCAUCUCUUGAUGAUGACUGUCGAAUUUUUUGAAUGAAACUUUCAAAUUGCUAGUUUUAAAACUUUCGAUUUACCGGGAUAUGUCUCCCUAAUAUUUUGUUAGCGAGAUCUUUGUCUUCCUCUACUCUCUUCUCGUUAAUAAUCCUUUUUCUUUCAUUUCUUCAGUAUGAAAUGUAAUCGAAGAACGUUUUUCUAGAGAGUUCUGAAGUUUCAACGUUACAAAUUAUUGAAAGUCCCUCGUAUACAAUUUAUUCCUUUUUUUGUGAAGAAAAUGAAAGAAUUAUAUUGUUGAAAGUGCCAAGAAGUGUUUUUAGAUCAUUUCAGCAUUGGUUAUUAAUCCGGUGGUUUUUAAUCGUUUUAAAAUUGUUACUUUUCGCGAGAAGGAAAAAAAAGGGUAUAUUUAGUCGCAUUUGAAACUCUCUAAGAGCAUCCAUACAAAAUGUCCAUUGUACUGUCCAUUUUAAUUAUUUAUAAGUUAUUGUUUCUAACUGUUGAAGUAUUUCGAAUUGUAUUAUAUAAUUUCUUAAAUAAUCCAUUCCAUACUAAUGGCUGUUGAAUAUUAUGUACUGAAAAUGUAGCCAAAUUAGUUGAAUAAUAUUGUAUCGAAAGGAACGAGGAAUUGAGGAAUGUUCCGUUAACUGUCUUUUGUAUAUUUUGUGUAUUUAGUUCGUUUCGAGCAUUUUGUAAAAUAUUUUUACAGGUAGGGGCGUCCCAUUAUGAUAUUUGUAAUUCAGACUGUAAUUUCAGAUGUAAUUAUGAAAUAAAUUAACAAAUUGAUUAA